AUGGCAAUCCACUACCUGAUUCUGCUGUCCCGCCAGGGCAAAGUGCGCCUUGCAAAGUGGUUCACCACCCUCUCGCCAAAGGAUAAGGCCAAGAUCAUCAAGGAUGUGACUCAACUCGUGCUGUCCCGCCGGACGCGGAUGUGCAAUUUCCUGGAAUACAAAGACACGAAAGUCGUCUACCGCCGCUACGCCUCCCUCUUCUUCAUCGCCGGAUGUGCGUCGACCGAUAACGAGCUGAUCACCCUCGAGGUCGUGCACCGCUACGUCGAGCAGAUGGACAAAUACUAUGGCAAUGUGUGCGAGUUGGAUAUUAUCUUCAAUUUCCAGAAGGCGUACUUCAUCUUAGAUGAGCUGCUGCUCGCGGGCGAGAUGCAGGAGAGUAGUAAGAAGAAUGUGCUGAGGUGUAUCAGCCAGCAGGAUAGCUUGGAGGAUAUGGAGGUUGAGGAAGAUGUGGUUACGAAGAUCAUGUAG